GUCUCACUGCACUUCUGUGGUUUUAUUUUUCUCUGGUCGGGUUCCGAGAUGGACCUGUGGUGGAUUUUUUGGCUCGCCAUGGCUGUCCUCGCCCCCCUGAUUCUGAUGGAGAUAAGCAGCGCUUUCAAACUCCAUUUUAAAACAGUUUCUUACUGCGUUUUGUGUCUUAUCCUGUCUGCGCUGGCAGUGCCAGUAUGCCUGCUGAAAAAUGGUGGCAGGACGGUGGACAAUAUGAGGAUAAUCCGGGUCUUCGUGCGCACUAUGAAAUAUUUUUUUGGUUUGCGUUUUGAGGUGAAAGGAUUGGAAAACUUUCAGAUUGACGGUCCCUGUGUCAUUAUCUCCAACCACCAGAGCAUUCUGGAUAUGAUGGGUCUGAUGGAGAUCCUACCAGAUCGAUGCGUGCAGAUCGCCAAGAAAGAAUUGAUCUUUGCAGGGUCUGUGGGCCUCAUCACUUAUCUCGGAGGGGUCAUCUACAUCAACCGGAAACGUACAAGUGAUGCUAAGUCCAUCAUGGCAGCAGUAGCCCGGGCUAUGACAGAUGACAACUUGAAGGUGUGGAUUUAUCCUGAGGGGACUCGGAACAACAAUGGCGACUUAAUUCCUUUCAAGAAGGGAGCGUUCCAUCUGGCUCUGCAGGCACAGGUUCCAAUCAUCCCUGUGGUGUACUCCUCAUUCACCAGCUUCUAUGACCGCAGGAAGAACCACUUCACUGGUGGAACCAUCAAAGUCGAGGUUCUUCCGAAGAUCGAUAUCUCAGGUUUGAAAGAAGAGGACGUUUCAGAGCUGACAGAAAAAUGCUUCAACAACAUGCGCCAAGUGUUUUUCCGUCUGUCUGGCAAGCCCCUCCCAGCUGGUGGACAGGGCGCUUCUAGCAAAUAGGUGCUUCUGGGCUGCGGCAUCAGAUCUAGAGACUGACUCUCAAGGGGCAAAACACUGCGAGUCAGAUACACUAAUCAGACAGACACUGGAUUCAUCCAAUAAGACUGGACAGGUUUGUACUGCUUACCAAAGAUCACACUGCUUAUGGAUUCAUAUUGGAAAGUUGGGUUCAGUGAAACAGACUGCUUUUGGUGAAACAUUUCAGGAAAUUUCACCAUUUUGGUGAAAUGCAUUGGAGUC